UCGACUACUGAUAUGAUGACGGGUUCCACGGAAAAUGGACAGAGCACAGGUAAUGUGGAAAUGAACUUCGGUAAAUUACCUCCCCAUCCUCCGGAAAACCUGGUCCUCAUUAAUGAGACCAUGACGUGGAACCAGGCGCUGAAAUACUGCAGAAGAUACGGAGGUGACCUGGUCUCCAUCCAUGAUGAGGAAAUCCAGCACUGGGUGGAGGAGAAGGUGAAGCUGGCCUCCACAGCCCACGUAUGGUUGGGCUUGCGUUUCACCUGCGUUCUGAACUUCUGGUUCUGGGUCAGCGCAGAGACAAGAUGUUACCAGAACUGGGCCCCAGGAAACGGUUCUGGAAUUGACGAGUGUGGGAAAACGGGGGCAAUGGAAUCGGCAGGAAGGUAUCGGUGGGUCAGCCUGUCAGAGACGGAGAAGCUUAACUUCAUCUGCUGUAAUUGUGAGAGCAGAUUUAGGAAGAUGGACAGCAUUUGGGGAGUAUAACAGCGGAGGCCAUAUUUGCUAAUUGCUGAUUAAAUGUUGCAGUUGGAAACGACUUUGCACAUGUAUAUUGAACUUCUUCUAGAUGCUGUUCAAGCUUAGUCAAAGUAGAUACACUCAUUCAGCUGGCGAGGAUUGUUGGUGUUUGACGAUCUCCCUCGAUGCCUCAUAAAUAAUUCAUAAAUUCAAAGAUGAGCAAUGGGUUCCCAAAUGGAACCUGCUACUUCUAUUUUUUUAUUUGCAGUAAAUAAAAUUCACAGACUCUUUUAGUUUAUGCAGCUUCUGUCUUUUGUUUCAUAAAAUAUUUUACAGGAAACCAAGUAUGUCGUUCAGCAGUAUAAUUACAAUUCACUGAGAUCAACUGUUACUGUAUAUUGUUGUUUAGCUAAUAAACUUGAGGGGAUUUUAACUUGAAAUAAAAAUAAAGGCAUUUCAACAUUUUUAUUUCACAUUCUUGACAGCCCACUGACCAAACAUCACUUAACAACAAAAAUAAUUAUUAUAAUUAUAG